GAUGAUUAUUUCAGAAACUGGAAUCCAAACAAGCCGUUUGAUCAAGCCCUUGAUCCAUCCAAAGAUCCCUGCCUGAAGGUGAAGUGCAGCCCACACAAAGUUUGUGUCACCCACGACUACGAGACCGCGGUUUGUGUGAGCCGCAAGCAGCUGGUGCACAGCCUUCGACAAAAGAAGGGCAACUUGGCCCAGAAGCACUGGGCUGGAGCAGCCACCAUGGCAAAGUGCAAGCCUUGUCCCCUGGCUCAUUCCAGCGCUGUCUGUGGCUCUGAUGGACACACCUACAGCACCAAGUGCAAGAUGGAGUUCCAUGCAUGUACUUCUGGCAAAACCAUCACAGCUCGAUGUGAAGGGCCCUGCCCUUGCCUUCCAGGACCUGAAAGUUUAAAACAUAAGACAGAGAAGACUGCUUGCACAGACAAAGAGCUGAGGAAUCUGGCUUCGAGGCUAAAAGAYUGGUUCGGUGCCCUUCACGAGGAUGCCAAUCGUGUCAUCAAACCCACGAGCUCRGAGACAGCACAAGGCAGAUUUGACACCAGCAUCCUACCAAUCUGUAAGGAUUCCUUAGGCUGGAUGUUCAACAAACUUGACAUGAACUAUGACCUGCUGCUGGACCCCUCGGAGAUCAGUGCCAUUUAUCUGGAUAAGUACGAGCCGUGUGUCAAGCCACUCUUCAACUCGUGCGACUCCUUCAAGGACGGGAAGCUUUCCAACAACGAGUGGUGCUACUGCUUCCAGAAGCCGGGCGGUCUUCCUUGCCAGAACGAAAUGAAUAGAAUUCAAAAGCUAAGUAGAGGGAAGAGUCUGUUGGGUGCUUUCAUCCCCCGCUGCAAUGAAGAAGGUUAUUACAAAGCCACUCAGUGCCACGGCAGCACGGGGCAGUGCUGGUGUGUUGAUAAGUAUGGCAAUGAGAUAGCUGGCUCCAGAAAGCAAGGGACAGUCAGCUGUGAAGAAGAGCAAGAAACCUCAGGGGAUUUUGGCAGUGGUGGAUCUGUUGUAUUGUUGGAUGAUUUGGAAGAGGAAACUGAAGGAACAAGAAGAGACAAAGAAGGGAAACUGAAGAUUCACGUAAGAGCAGCUAAUGAAGAUGAUGAAGAUGAAGAUGAUGAUAAGGAUGAUGAAAUUGGUUAUAUAUGGUAGUGCCCAUCAUAAUGAGGACUCACRUUUUGCACAAUAUUGCAAUUCACAUCAUAUCUCUGCAGUUGUAUCUGAGAGUACCUGGCACAAAUGUUCCCUCUCUACUGAGUUUAAUUUUGUAUAGUCGAUUUAAUUUGGAUGGCAACUUUUUUUCCAGCAAGGACUGUUUGGAAUACAGCUUUUGUUCAGUUGAUGUGGGGGGAGGGGUUUGUCCUAUCCACAGGGGCAAUGGGUUUUGUUUCAAAAGCAUUUUGUGUCUUAAUUUUCACUUUCAUCACUUAUGAAAUACAUCCUGUGAAUGAAGAAUCCUGGAAGGGGCUCCACAAACCAAUACAAAGGCCUAGAAGCCCCUCUCAUAUUMGAGAAUUUGUGUCAUAAAUUGUUACCUGGAUCAUAUCAGAAACAGUUUUUUUUCUUUCAUGAAGAAGGAAAAGCAGGUGCCUCAUUUUCUAGUCCAUAUUUAUAAUGUCCCAAAAAAGAGCAAUUCUCUUUGGACAGUGGCUGCCCAGUGCCAGGGAUUUAAUCCAGAAGGAAAACCCCUGGCAGGACUUUCUCUUCCUUACACUCUCUGAGAAUGAGUCCAACAGGCUCAGUCCAGCUCACACUGAAAGCAAAACUCCCACCAGGGCACAGAUCAGCUCMCUGACACUCUUUAUUUGAUAAAGAUCUGAAGAGAAGCUGAGAACCUGCAGCUGUAAUGGACCAAGCCCUACAGGCAGGGCACAGAGUCCAUCUGCCUUUCAGAGCGUUUAAGGGGAGAGUAUUCUGUGAAUUUUUAGCAUCAGAACCACCUCCAGAGCUGCUCCUCAGCUUCUGUCUGAGCUCGUUUGCACUGAGGUUCACUAACAACACKCAGGCAGCCUCUGCUUCCAGCUCACACUCUGCAGAUCUGUCUGUUCUCAGUUAGCAACCCCUCCUUCCAAAGUUACAACACUGUCAAAGACACAAACCCUCAACAGCAACUGUCAUUUCUUUAAUGUAAAGAGGCCUGUUUARAAAAGCAACUUUAGGUGGUGAUAUUUCAAAACCAUUAGCCCACUGCUCAGUGUGACACGCUGCACACUUGUAACACACACUCCUAAAAAAGAAUAGUAUUAAAAUCCAAUCUGUGAUUCCCUCRAUACCUCCCAUAUAUUCAAAGCUCUUGUACCACAUCAUAUUUCCAUUAAAUUAUUUGCAGUGUCCUUUCCCAUGGCAAUUCUUGGAUGCAGUAAUGUGCUGUGGUGACCUUUUACGAUUUUUGCUGUUUUCUCAAGCAGUAAGAGGAACCUGAACCCCACUCUUGCAUUAGGAUGCAGGUAUAAGUGUUUUAGCAGUGCCUGUGGUUGGCCAGUGAGUUAUUUUGCAGAAUGAAAAAUGUGUUUCUUAUACCAAAAACUAAUUAGAGAGGUUUGGGUUUUUUCCUGAGUUAGUGCUGGAUACAGAGGUGGAGACUGCAUCAAGUCACAAUAUGGUUGACUACAUAAUCACUUGAAAGCUGGAAAAUACCCCACAGGUUGGCAGAAGUCAGUGUUUUAGGUACAUUGGCCUGAGGAUGCUGGCUCUCAGCCCUCUCCAAAAUCAGUGCCCACCUGGCAGCCCUCUGGGUAGGACCUCUGCUUUCAGACAUGAUCAGAAGYGGGAUUCCUUUCAGGUGCCAUGUGCUAGAGGGGCUCAGUUGUUUUCUCCUCUUUCAUUUCCUAUUUAUCCAGAUCAAUGACCUGAGAACAAAGAGCAAGCCUGCAUAAUCGUUAUUAAUGCAGAAGGAUGUGUAAAACCAUGAGGAAUUUGUUGUUUCACGCCCCUGCAUCCUCCCAAAAAUCUGCCAUYGCAGUCAUUUGCAAAAGGCCUGCAAUCUGCCCUGCCUCAAGUAAAUCCCCUUGGCUCUCCCACAGCUUCAGAAAAAUGUAUUUAAUUAUAAUUGUCCAUGAGCUGCACAGCACWCAGACACACACACACAGACACACUUUUUCUACUUGCCUUUCACAGAAAUCCUGCCAACUUGCARGAGGAGCAGAUAAACCAGCGUUUCUGUSUCCCUAAAUAUGAUUUUGUGAGGRGCAAUUGAGCACCAUCAGGAGGUUYCUUCUMAAAYGUCCUGUCUAGUUUUCCUCUGGUAUUUUCUUGAUUAACCCAGACAUCCUCUGGGUCUGGCUCUKCUGUCCUGGGCAGGACCUGCCUGAGGCACAGAGCUGCCAUUUCACUCUGACAUAAAUCUGAGCUCCACCAUCAGCAGAUUAUGCUUUUCCUCCUGACUGGACUCAUUCUCCACACAGAGCUGAGGGGGUUUUUGGCAGUCCUGUGUCCCUCCACAGCAGCUUAUCCUGGACUAUGCCUUMCAUCAAAGGUCACAGAGCAAAUCCCUUCUCCUGCCCAGCACCUCCACASGGUAAAGCCUGUCAAUCCAAACCCUUACAGGCAGCACCAGGGCUAAGGCUGCAGCAGGCUGUGUCACAUGUAAACAUGCAAGUUGGUUAAAUUAAAGCUSUUAAAUAAAGCCUUUAAAAGUGAAUGUGAACAUCUUUCCGUUUACAUGCACAGACAUGGCAUCACCAUCCACUGGUGGUCUCCUGGCUGUGAUCUUUCAUGUGCAAUGCUUCCAAAUCAGAGCUAGAAGGGUUUAUUUCUAAUUAUGAACCUAUUAUUGUCUCCCAGACUCGCCAGCUCAAACAUGGGGUGGGUCCCAGUGAAACAGCCUGGGUCCCAGUCCCAGGGUGCCAGCCUGGCAUGAGCAGGGCCAGGCUGUGUGCUGGAAAGGGCACUGAUGCUCUGCAUUGCUUUGAGAGCAAGUUCCCAAAUCCUGCAGAGCUCUUUAGCAGAGCCCUUUUGUGAUCCCGUGGCAUCCUCCAGUGGCGGGGGAUCUGCAGCCUGUGUGUACAUCUGCAUAUCUCUGUGUGUCUGUAUUUGUAUUUAUGCACAAAUAYCUGUGUGCAUAUGUGUGUGUGGCCACUUUGGGGAGAUGGGUGCAGAAAAUCUGUUUAAUGAAAUUGUGAUAAAGAAACCAGCGAUUCUACCAAGAACCAGUGCUCUUCCAGAUCAAGCCCCUUCCAUUCUUCAUGCUUUGUAAAGGAUUUCAUUUGCUUUCACCUUGAUUCAAUUCCUUUCUUUUUCUCUUUCUUUUGUUUUUUUUUUUACAAAGCAGGAUUUACUUCCCAUCUGAAUCAAGUCAUUGACCUUCCAAACGUUUUCUCAUUGUGAAAAAUGGAAUCAGACUUGUCCCGUUCUUUUAGAGACACAAACCAAAUGGAAUCAGAGUUGUCCCAUUCUUUUAGAGACACAAACCAAUUUUUAAUCUCAUUUUCUUUUCAUGUUACAGACUAUGAGAUACUGUUAGGCAUUACUUUCUGUUUCUUUUAACUACUGUAGUUAAAUCAAAAUGUUGAGUUCAGAUUUCAGCACAGCUGGGUUUUUUGGGUCAUUACUGACCUUUGCUGUGAACACAAAAAAUCCUCUUCAUUUUCUUUGCCUUUUUUUUUAAGCUAUUCUGUACUAUUAUUAUUUUAAACCAUUUGAAGUGUUUAUUUAAUAUUUAUUCUACAGUUUAUAUUGAAAAUGUAAAGUUUAUAUUUAAAACAACACUGUUUGUUAGUGAAUGCUUCUCUUUGCCUCUCCAGCCUAGUCUGUUAGUCUCAGUGUACAUUUCUGGCAUGGGAAUAUUUUGAUAUUAGGAGUUUUGUAGCCUUUUCUCCCUCGAGCAGCAACUGACGURGAUCUAAGGUCACCACCUGACCCAGAGCACCAGGUCGCUCAAGCUUYGCUUCCCCCCUUUGUUGGCUUCUCUGGCAGUCCCUCCUGUAUCCCACCCUUCCAUCCACAGACUGCUUUGUACAGUUCCUAUACAUCAAAAAGCCCUUUCUACAGUAGGUGGGUUUUGGUCUUUUUAUACUUUUCUCAAUGCUGUUGAUGUCUGUUACUGUUCAAUGUGUAGAUCUGUAAGGAGAGAUCAGAAUAUUACGUGUUUCAGUUCGAUGUCCCUACUGUAGAUGGAUGUAGACUAUCAUAGUGAGUAGAACUGCAUAGUAAAUUCUGAAUGCUUUUUCCAUAAGGAGUUAAGUGGAAUGUGAGCAUUUUGCUACCUUUGGUUAACUGUAAAUGCUUUACUGUAGUCUGAAAUAGUUGCAUUUUUGUCCGUCUCAAUAAAUUUUAAUUUGUC